AAAGAAUAAUCAAGUGCUAAUUAGUGAAAGGCAGAGGAGUAGGGGUCAGUGAUUCAAGAGUUUUCUUGUUAAAAUUCCCAGCUUUCCCUAUUUCCUCCAUAGGCCUCCACUUUCUCUGUCCCUCUACUCCGCUUUUGAGACAACGACUCCAGGGAAAGCCCAGACCUUUAUGUAUCAGAAAUGAAUUCCUGGCUUGAAUAAUUACUGAGGUGACUUGAACUUCGACUCCCAAGACAGAGAAAGGGUGGAAUAGAGAGAGAGAGAGAGAGAGCGAGACAGGGGCCUAUGAAGUGUCAAGGUCCAAAUCAAAUGAUAUAGUGAUUUAAAAGGUCUAUCUAUUCCCUGUAUAUUUGAAAAGAAGCUGUUUUUAGCUAUCUGGUUUUGAGUUUCAGUCUACGAGAGGGCUUCCCCUGUUCUCUGAUACUGCUCACAUGAGCACAAGAAGAAUUGGGAUUGAUGAGAGCUGAUAGUAGAAUCGGCAAACACAGAAAGCUUUAAGCAAGUUGGACCGGAUGUCUGAUCAUAGAGUAGGUGAAACUGGUCUUUCGAAUUCAGGACCUUCGAGCCAGCCAUUAGCUUAUGGUCUCCAUGGCUUCUCCCCUACGGCCACCAAUUUCUUUGAUCAGGAAGGAGCUGCUUAUUUUGAGGAGCUGGAGGAGGCUCUCAUGCAAGGAGUAGUUGGAAUUCGAGGCGACGGAAACACGAAGACCUAUCUUACAACUAGGCCCCCCACACUCGAGAUUUUCCCAUCAUGGCCUAUGAGAUUUCACCCCAACGCUGUGGGGAAUUCACAGUCAGCAGAGAGCAGUGAUUCAGGAUCAGCACAGAACACAAUAUCUCAGCUGGAAUCAGAAUCUCCAGUGAGCAGAAAGGACGAUUACCCUGAGCUAUUUACAGAGAAGCAACAACAGCAGCAGAUGAUUCCCAGUGAUGGCUCUAAAGCUGAAAUAGGAACAGCAGAAAAUCAUCAGUCCAGAGAUCAAGGCAAGAGGAGGCUGACUGCAGAAAAGGAUGGAAAAAACCUUGACGCAAAGACAUUGAGACGGCUGGCUCAGAAUAGAGAAGCGGCAAGAAAGAGUCGGCUCAGAAAGAAGGCAUACGUGCAGCAACUAGAAAGCAGCAGAAUGAAGCUCGCACAGCUAGAGCAAGACCUUGAGAGAGCAAGAUCACAGGGUCUCUUAUUACCAGGAGCCAGCACAAAUGGCGGUAUAAGUUCUGGUGCGGUGAUGUUCGACAUGGAAUAUGCACAGUGGCUAGAUGAGAACUAUAAGCACAUGGCAGAGCUGCAAGGAGGCUUACAGUCUCAUCUUCCUGACAACAACCUUCGAGUGCUCGUCGACGAAUGCCUCAAACACUAUGAUGAGAUUUUUCGGCUAAAAACUAUCGCCGUGAAAUCCGACGUCUUCCACCUCAUCACCGGAAUGUGGACUACUCCGGCCGAGCGUUGCUUCCUUUGGGUGGGCGGCUUCCGUCCCUCCGAUCUUCUUAAGAUUCUUAUGCCUCAUGUGGACCCAUUAACGGAGCAACAACUAGUGGGGAUAUGCAACCUUCAACAAUCUUCGCAGCAGGCAGAGGAAGCUCUUUCACAGGGGCUUGAGCAGCUCCAGCAGUCGUUGGCUGAUACGGUGGCGAGUGGAUCUCUGAGUGAAGAUCUAAACGUUGGAAAUUAUAUGGGAUAUAUGGCGAUGGCUUUGGGAAAGAUUGGCAGCCUGGAAGGUUUCGUUCGACAGGCUGAUAAUCUAAGACAGCAGACCCUUCACCAACUGAGGCGUAUUCUAACAAUUCGACAAGCUGCGAGGUGUUUUCUGGCAAUUGGCGAGUACAACAACCGCCUGCGCGCCCUCAGCUCCCUCUGGUCUUCUCGCCCUCGAGAGAACUCAAUAGCAAAUGAGAAUGGUUUUCCUGCUUCUACAAACCUCCAAAUCCUUCAACCAGCAGUGGAUGCUCAUUUUUCAGUUUUCUGACCUUGCUUAUACUCUCAAAAUGCCUAGAGAGAGAGAGAUAGCAAGAGAGAGAAUGUGUGUGCGAGGGAGGGAGAGAGAGAAUAUGAAAGAGAGAGAAUGUGAGAGAAUGAGGGAGGGAGAGAGAGAGAGAGAGAGAGAGUAUUGUAAUUUCUCAUAAGAGUAAGGAUUGGAAGGCAAUUAUUAAAUUUGAAGAAGUGGAAGAGGCAUUUUCUUAUUAGGGGAAGAGUAAUUUGAAGGCUGGCUUUCAUUUCCAA